AUGUCAGACAGGGUGUUACGACCUCGUCCAGGUGCCAAGAAACCCGGUUCCAAUCCGGAAAACAAGCCUGAUGAAAAACAAGUAAUUGAAACAGAACAAGUGGAAAAUGAAAUUGAAGGAGAAGGCAAGAAAAAAGAAGGAAAGACACAAGAGAUGCAAGCAGGAAAGGAACAAAAAGUGGAAGAAAAAAAGAAAAAAGAAGGAAAGAAACAGGAGAUGCAAGCAGAAAAGGAACUAGAAAUGGAAGAAAAAAAGAAAAAAGAAGGAAAGGAACGUCCUAAGUCACCCGGUACCAAUCCAGAAAAUAAGUCUGGUCAAGAACAAAAAACUAAAACAGGACAAGUGAAGAUUAAAGAGGUGGAAGAAAAAAAGAAAGAAAAAGAAAAGGAAGGACCUAAGUCACUCGACGCCAUUCCAAAAAACGUGCCUGGUCAAGAACAAGAGUCUGAAGAGGAGGAAGAUGACGACGAAGAAGGAGAAGACUACGAAGAAUAUGACGACGAAGAAGAAGACGAUGAAGAAGGCGACGAAGAAGAAAAGGAUUACAAUCCACGAAUCACAAGAAAACCACGUGCUCAAACAGCUAAAGUUGACUCUACUAACUUGGUCAAAGGCAAAACCAAAAAUAAUGAAGCAUCAUCAUCAAUUCAUGAUGGUCCAUCGAAAUAUCGAUUACUGGCGACUGCUGCUAAAUCAAAAUCAGUAUAUGCCACGACGACAGACUCAACGGCGAGUUUCGUUGAACCUGCUGAAGUGAAAGAGCAGAUUGAAAAACGUAUCAAAUACUACAUCGAAGAGCAACGGCCGGUAGCUAUACGUUAUUUAUACAAUAAGGAAAAACAACUUGACAUAAAUGAUCUAUUGACGAAAUUAGAUGAAUUGAGUGCUCGACCAGGAUCAGGAAAGCUACUAAGAGCACUUUAUAAACGUCAUUCACCACAACCGCCAUUUUUAACUGUACGAGACUUUGCACGAGACUCUGAAGAUGAAUCGCUUGCAUGGAAAAAACCUGGAAAUGUACCGGUAGUUUAUGCAGUCACAAUAUGCAUACCUGAUUGGCUUUACGAUUGCAUGAUGGAACGCCCAGAACUUUGCGAAAAAAAAGUUUUAAAAAAUCGUUCGUUUGAUGACAAGGAACGACUUGUUCAUCUUCGUGGUAAAAUUGGUGAAACCAAAAAUUUUGACAACCGUGUUGGAGAUUACAACACUACAGAAAGAACCGGUCAACUAGGGCCAAUAUUUUGCUACCUAAGAAAAAAAGCGAAAGAAUCAAAACCUAAUCCAUUUACGGAUUGGGUAAAAGUAUGGCCAAUUCUAUCUGGUGAAGGCAUGGAGGUUCUGGAUACACGCAUAAAGAUGGAAACACUAUGCUCAUUUUUGCUCGGGCGUGCCGGUAAUAGUGGUUACAAUUUCAUCGGUCGAUUCAACGACCAUACUCUUGAGGAAAUGCAAGCGUCUGCAAGACGUUUAAACAAUGAUAUGGAUAAAUCGUUUGAUGGUGAAAACGGACGAACCACGAAAAGAAAGCUCUCCAAAGCAAAAUGGAAGGAGACUAUGUCUGCAAAAACCAUAAAUUUUGAUGGUGAAGAAGAAUUAAGACUUGACAUUCAGCACCAGAAGAUGCUUGAAGGUCUGAAAGUGGUGAAGCCACGAAAAGAUGGACGCCUUCUUAAUGGCAUUCAGCAAGGAGUUGCUACAAAAUGCGCACGUGAUUCGCUUGAAGCAAUAAAGGAAAUCAACGAUUUUGUUGACCGAAUGGGUCUGGCGGGACAACCUGGUUAUAUUCCACCGAGAAUGAUUGACACGUCGACGGGAGCACGCCAGUAUGGAUGGGAAGCAAAAUGUGCUAAACCUGACUGUGACCUUACUUAUUGUGUCACAUAUAUAAAUGAAAAUGAUCCAAAUACUUUUGAACCACCUCGAUGCAGAAACAAGACGAUACAUUCAGAAACUUAUUUAAUACCAAAAAAUUGUAUGCUGGAAUACCCUGCAAUAGGAGACUAUAUAAAGCGCUAUAAAUGA